GUGUUUUUGAAAAAAAUCACAAUUUGGCUGUGAAAAAGGACAUGAGGAGACUAAAGACUUGGGAUUUUGCUGAUCAGAAUGAAACCCAUGUUGAAGGACUUUUCAAAUCUGUUGCUGGUGGUGCUCUGUGACUGUGUCCUUGGAGAAGCUGAAUAUCUUCUUUUGGGAGAGCCUGGCCAUGUAGCACUAAGUAACAGCACGGUGUCAGUGGAUUUCCAGUAUUUGGAUGGUGCUAACGGGACCCUGAGGAAUGUAUCUGUCCUGCUGCUGGAGGCCAACACUAAUCAGACUGUUAUCACCAAGUACCUCCUAACCAACGAGUCCCAGGGAACACUCAAGUUUGAGUGCUUCUACUUCAAGGAGGCUGGUGACUACUGGUUCAUCAUGACUCCAGAAGUGUCAGACAACAUUACUUUAGUCCCUUUGUUGGAGAAGAGUGUCUUUCUUAAAGUGGAGUGGCCCGUCUUCCAUGUUGACUUGAAUAGGACGUCCCAGGCAGCAGAAGGCACCUUCCAAGUAGGCCUUUUCACCAGUCAACCUCUAUGUCCAUUUCCUGUGGACAAGCCCAACUUGGUGGUGGAUGUCAUCUUCACCAACAGUCUCCCUGACGCAAGAACAAGCCCUGGACAGCCACUGGAGAUAAGAACCAGCAAAAGGACAGAGCUCACUCAAAGUCAGUGGGUUGAGUUUGGCUGUGCACCUGUGGGGCCAGAAGCCUAUGUCACCGUGGUGCUGAAGCUGCUUGGCCGAGACUCAGUGAUUACUUCUACAGGACCCAUUGACCUGGCCCAGAAAUUCAGAUACAAAUUGUCGAUGGUGCCAGAGCUCAUGUGUGAGUCUGGGGUGGAGGUGACGGUCCUGCCCCCACCAUGUAUCUUUGUCCAAGGAGUGGUUACUGUCUUCAAGGAGGGCCCCAGACACCCUGGGGAAGGAACAAUUAAGCUGGCUGAAAACAGCUUGCCCCUGGGAGAGAGAAGAACAGUAUUUAACUGCACUUUGUUUGAUAUGGGAAAGAAUAAAUAUUGCUUUAACUUUGGCAUUUCAAGAAGCCAUUUUUCUGCAAAGGAGAAGGAGUGCAUGCUCAUUCAGAGAAAUAUAGAAACUUGGGGACCGUGGCAGCCGUGGGGCCCGUGUAGUGCCACAUGCGGGGACGGUGUCAGAGAGCGUCGCCGUGCGUGUCUCACUUCCUUCCCCUCCAGACCUGGCUGCCCUGGAACGACCUUGGAGACUUCCUUGUGUUCGCUGGAGGAGUGUCCUGCCAUCCAGCCAUCCAGCCCAUCUUCUCUUCCACCAGAGGGUCCCGUGAAGUCCAACAACAUCGUGACUGUCACAGGGAUAUCUCUGUGCUUGUUCGUCAUUGUGGCCACCGUACUCAUCACGCUGUGGCGGAGGUUUGGCCGGCCCCCAAAGUGCAGCACCCCUGCUCGACACAACUCCAUCCAUUCCCCUGGCUUCCGGAAGAACUCGGAUGAGGAGGACAUCUGUGAACUGAACGAGCAGCGUGGGAGCUUCUCUGAUGGGGGUGACGGGCCCGGGGGGAGCCCAGGGGACACUGGCAUCCCUCUGACCUACAGGUGCAGCGGGCCGGUGACUCCUGAGGAUGAUGCGUCUGGCAGUGAGAGCUUUCAGUCUAAUGCACAGAAGAUCAUCCCCCCUCUGUUCAGCUACCGCCUUGCCCAGCAGCAGUUGAAGGAGAUGAAGAAGAAAGGUCUGACAGAAACCACCAAAGUGUACCACGUGUCUCAGAGUCCCCUGACAGACACUGCCAUUGACGCUGCAGCUAGCCCCCCCUUAGACUUGGAAAGCCCAGAAGAAGCAGCGGCAGCAGCAGCAGCAGCAAACAAGUUCCGGAUCAAAUCCCCAUUUUUGGACCCACCUGUGGUGAAUGCCGGGGAAAGGCCCCCUUCCAGGCUGGAUUUCAGCAUGUCUCAGGCCAGCUGUGCCGUCAGCCCCAGCCAGACCCUGAUGCGCAAGUCGCAGCUGAGGCACAUGGCAGGCAGGGGGGCCUCUUCUGAGAGGAACCAUACCAGGAAUUCCCACUUCAGGAGAACAGCCAGUUUCCAUGAAAUCAAACAGGCCCGGCCAUUCCGGGAGAGAAGCAUGUCCACUCUGACCCCACGGCAAGCCCCCACCUACAGUUCUAGGACUCGGACCUGGGACCAGGCAGAGGACAAGUUUAGGCCUCCAAGUCGAGGUGCCCACCUGGUUCCCGAAAAACUGGAAUAUUACCAAGGAGCAGGUGGAACCUGUGGUCCAUUAAGCCCUGUCCCUAAAUCCUACACCAUGGGGCAGCCCACCAGGAAACAAGACCUGGCCGAUCGUCAGGCAGGGUUAAUGGCAGGAGCUGAGAGAACAGAGCCUCACAGAGCUCGGAGGGGACCAUCCCCCAGUCACAGGAGCAUCUCAAGGAAGCAGUCUUCCCCCACCUGUCCCAAAGAUAGUUACCAGAGGGGCAGUCCACUGAGCCCUUCUCAGUGUAGAAAAGACAAGUGUCAGAGCUUCCCCGCGCAUCCUGAGUUUGCCUUCUAUGACAACACGUCAUUUGGCCUUUCUGAGGCCGAGCAGAGGAUGCUGGAUCUCCCAGGAUAUUUUGGGUCAAAUGAAGAGGAUGAAACCACAAGUACACUUAGUGUGGAGAAGCUGGUAAUCUAGACCAAGAAUCUGCCUGAGAUUUUUCAUGACUGGGGUCCCUUGCCUAGGUUGUGAUAAUCCGCUGUUCACAUUGUUCCCUGGACUUUUGUAUAACUGCUUGUACAAACUCUUGUAGGAGUGAAUACAGGGAGGAAGAAGAUCACACAGAGGAGGAUAUGUGUGUGUAUACACAUGUUUUAAUUAUUAAGAAGAAAUUAUUUAUCCUGAACUUUCCUUUUGUUACCCUAUUUCUAUUGACUUAUUACUAAUAACAAUAAUAAAAUUUAAAUAAAAGCAAA